UCAGGGUUGCCAGGCGAAGGCUAAGCUCUAACAAAGCCGGCUCUCGCUCCACCUCUUCUGUCGCUCCAAGCCUAGGCCGGUACCGACCUUGCCCAAGUUCUACUGCUUUCCCUCUGCCAAGGGUGCCAGGCACCGAAUCUCUCACCGUACUUCCUGCCUGAGGCCAGGCACCGGGUGUCGGCUGGUGCCAGACAGCUUAUUUGGGAACGAACAUCAGCCCAACCAAUCAAUGCCUCAGAUGGAUAAGCAAAUAUGCAUUCCGCCGGAGCUGCCGGAAUUGCUGAAGCAAUUUACCAAAGCUGCCCUUCGGACCCAGCCUCAGGAUCUCAUCCAGUGGGCUGCUGAUUAUUUUGGAGCUCUGACCCGUGGAGACAUUCCUCCAGUGAGAGAUGGGUCUCAGCCAGUAGCCUCAUCUAACUUUGCAGAGCUUACACCUGAGCUGUUGAAGAUCCUGCAUUCUAGGGUUGCUGGCAGGCUGAUUAUCCAUGUGAAUGAGCUGGGCCAGAUGUGGAAGGUGCUGAGUCUCCCACCCGAGCUGUUAAAUAGUGUGAUAAAUGUGGGCCGCUUCACGGAGGAGAUUGAGUGGCUAAAGUUUUUAGCCCUUGCCUGCAGCGCUCUUGGUGUUACCAUUUCCAAAACUCUCAAGAUAGCCUGUGAAGUUUUAUCAUCCGGCCAUGAUAGUGGACCUGCCCGGAUCCCGUUCAGCACCUUCCAGUUUCUCUACACAUAUAUUGCUGAGGUGGACGGGGAGAUCUCUGCAUCACAUGUCAGCCGAAUGCUGGCCUACAUUGAACAGGAAGUAAUUGGUCCUGAUGGCUUAAUCAAAGUGAGUGACUUUACCCAAAAUCCCAGGGUUCGGCUGGAGUGAAAGCACAUUUUUGGAAUUUUAAAGGAAGAUACAGAGAUGUUUGUGCUUCAGAAUAACUGAAUCCCAUACACCAUCCAAUGUCCAUUUUCUUGUACAACUGGUGCGCACUAAUAAACGGUUAGGCAGACACGAAA